AUGAAUUCACCAUCAGCGCACUGUCGACGCGCUCUCCAUCGCCAUAUUACCCUACCCAAAGACUCGAUAUGGAUCACCGAUGGUUUACUCGCCCACGCGUUCGACCGGUUCUGCCGCGUGUCGACGACCUUCACUCGGAAAGCCAGCAAAGUACCGGGCCCUCUCGAGGCCCAGCGCCGGCUCGGGCGACGGCGCAUGGCAGUCGCCAACGACUGGCACGGCCCGCCGACACCACCACCCUGGGCAUUCCUGAUGCCUCUGAACUUAACACGUUGGACCUGGAAACCCCCAACCCCGACUGAGGCUCGAAGGAGUAACCCGUCUCGCCUGGCCGAUUCCACUGCCGCGCUUGCUGCUUUGCUGCCCCAGUGGCUUCGAGAAUCUUCUCAAGAGUUGGAUGGGUUAUCAAUGGUAGCGAUGGCGAACGCGGCGGGGAGUGAUCAGGCCGCCUCUGAUCCGGCUCCUCUCGUGGCACCGACCGAUCCUCAAGCGGCUUUCAUGGAUGGUUUCCGGCGGGCGGCCGACGGCGUCCACAACCGACGUUUUCUGUUUGAAGUCAACAAGAUAUGCGGCCAAAUGAGACAGCGUAUUAUCCUGGGCGACAUCUCACCAGGGGAGGUCUUGGCGCUGUCCAACGAGAUAUGGAGGACACUAGAGUCGCGGCUGCCGGGCUCGCCUAGAGGCCGCCGCUGGUCGUUGUCGUUUUGCAGGGCUAUAAUUAGCGGAUUGUCAGCCUCCAAGGUCUUUCCGGCCUCGUCGCUUGACACCCGUUUCUGGAACGCCUUUUUUAGCCAAGUCUCCAAACUCCCGGUCAAUGACACCGUUUGCAACCUUUUCGCCAAGGCUUUAGCUACCAUGCCUAUUGCCUAUCGAUCUCAUGUUUCUGGCAGGCUUCUGUCCGUUCUCGCCUCCUUUUUCUCGGCCUGGAACCACUCAACAUCCCCUUUGGAGGGCAGCGAGAUCGGGCGGCUGACGGAUAUGGCAAUUCUAGGGGGGAUGUACGCUAAACAACAAGAAGUGAGGGCAUUACCGGCGUCCCUGCGUCAAGCUCUGACCAUCUCAGACGUGUUGCAAGACGCUAGUCAGGAAGCAACAAAGGAGUUUUGCUCUAUGGCUUAUACCGAGGUGCUGAAAGAAAUCCUCAACGGAGUGACUGAUGGUCGAAUGCUGCGGUACGGGUGGCUUUACAUUCUCGCCCGCAACCCUGAUGUGAACCAAGACUUUUUUUUCGACUUUGCUGCCUCGCUAUCAGAAGGGUCGCUGCAUCUACCGCCCUUGUCAGUUGUGGAGGUUUCCUCCCUGCUUCUGACGCAGUGGGGAAGUCGUGGGUACCUUAGAGCACCGAAGGAAGUUUACAAGUCGUACCGGCGCCACUGCGGUACACGCGACGAGGCCGCGCUGGCGUCGCUCUUCUUAGCGGUCUUCGCACGCGGGGAGGAGGAAACAAAAACGGGGCUUUAUUACAGUGCUUGGAAGUUCCUGACAAGGAUUCGGCGGAAAGAUUACGUUCUUCGGUCCCUGCAGUUUGACACGAGUACCGGCAUGCUCCCCGUGCGUAUGCUUGAGGACCUCGCCUUCACCGCCGACGACCACAAUAUCGCCGUCCAGCUCCACGACUUGUGGUCAGAGGACCUCAAAUCCGACCCAGGCCAUCGCCGGACACAGCCGCAGUGGUUCCCCGGCGUGUUUGACAAGUACGCCGAGACCAUGAUCCACGACGCCAAGCUUUCACCAAAGGAAAUCUGGCGCGUCCUCGACAUCGGCAAACUGGAGCGUCCCCCCCUCCACGCACAGCUGCGCCACCACCGCGGCACCUUUGGCCAGCGUCGCGCAGCCGUCGUCGAGAAGAUGGCCCACGCCUUCACAGAAGCACCACACCUGACCAACCGCGCCGCUUUCCGCCAUGUAUCACGGUCCUUGGCCUUUCUCCGUGAGAUCCGCGGUCCGGGCGGUGUCCCGGAAGCCGUUAUUCAAGACCUCUACCAGAUCAUCACUCAGGACCUGUGGGAGGAACGACCCGGUCGGACAAUGCGGUUGCUGUGGUUUCUGCGCAUCAUUGAGCAGCGCCAUGGCCUGGAGAUGGCUUGGCACUGCCGCGUGGCGCUGCGGCGCUGGCGCGCGAGGCUGAAGCAGAUUGUGAUGCGCAAGUACGGCAUCAAGAAUAUUGAGUCGCGGUCUACGUCGGGUUGGUAG